AUGUGCGAUGCGAGGCUGGAGCCCAACGUCAUCAGCUACAGCGCUGCGAUCAGUGCGUGCGAGAAGGGCGAACAGUGGCAGCCGGCGCUGGCGCUGUUGAGCGGGAUGUGUGAGGCGAAGCUGGAGCUUGACGUCAUCUCCUCUACACUCGCUGGGAUCAGCGCGUGCGAGAAGGCCGAGCAGUGGCACCGGGCGUUGGCGUUGCUGAGCGAGAUGCGCGAAGUGAAGCUGGAGCCCCACGUCAUCCUCACCUACAAUGCUGGGAUCAGUGCGUGCGAGAAGGGCGAGCAGUGGCAGCGAGCGCUGGCGCUGCUGAGCGAGAUGUGGGAGGUGCAACUGGAGCCCGACUCAGCUACAACGCUGGGAUCAGCGCAUGCGAGAAGGGCGAGCAGUGGCAACGGGCGCUGGAGCUGCUGA